GGUUUCCUGCUUGCCAGCCGACUGCCCUGAACUAGUUGAGUUUUGCCCUCUUUCCGCUGAUCUACCACCGUCCUUUCGGCGCUCCGCUUCCGGCGAUCCUUGGCCAUCCACCUGCCGAUACCACAGGGCCGCAUUCUUCGAAUCGGCUGCUUAAGAGGCGACCUCCUAGCUAAGAGGAGUGGAAUUAGAGGGGGGAAAUGGCUGCGGCAGCCUCUUUCAGGUGGAUUCUGCAACUUCACAAGGACGUACCCAAGGCUGCUCGUUUCUACUCCGAAGGUCUAGAUUUCACGGUUAAUGUGUGCACUCUACGGUGGGCUGAACUUCAUUCCGGGCCUCUGAAGCUCGGCCUCAUGCAAUCUACCUAUGACCAUGUUCUGCAGAAGGGGUAUUCUUCUUUGCUAUCAUUUACAGUCACUGAUAUCAACAGCACUGUGACAAAGCUGAUGGCUUUAGGCGCAGAGCUAGAUGGACCCAUCAAGUAUGAAAUUCAUGGAAAGGUAGCAGCCAUGCGUUGUAUGGACGGCCAUGUCUUGGGGCUUUAUGAACCAGCAUAAAAGGGUCUACAAAGGAAAGAAUAAAGAAGUCAAAUUUGAUGCCAAGUGUGGGGUAAUUGCUGCCGACUUGCUGCUGGCUGGGGGUUUUGUUCUUAUUGCAAAGUCUUGGAAUCUGCUGAAGACACGGGAGAUUUCUCCAUGCUUUGGGUUUCCUUUGAUUAUUGAUACCGUUUGUUGAUCAAGAUCUAUAAUUGCUGUGCAUAGGGUGUAUAGAGUUGGACCUGGAAUUAAGGCAAAGCUGUGAGAUGGACAGGUGAAAUGAUUGAAUAGAGAGAACAAAGGUCCAGCAUUUCCAUUUUGUUGACCUACCAUUCAUGUAAAUGGGGUAUCUUUUGUCCCCUGUAUCUCCUAGAAUUGACAGGAAAUCCUCCUUUGGUCUUUUCUACAGAACAGCAGCUCUUUCUUGCCUGCUUUUUGAGUUGUCAUCUUGUACCUAUGCUGAUGAUUUGAUUCAAUAACAGUUUUUGUGGUAG